AUGGAUUUCAAGGACUUUGGGAAGGGACUUGUAUCCCUUGGGGCCCAGAUCACCCCCUUCGCGUCGAGAACUCUCCAGUAUACCAAAGAACAACUAGGACAGGUUGAUGAUAAGACACAAUUGCCGCCCGAUUAUAUCGACUUGGAGAAGCGCGUUGAUGCACUGAAACAGGCCCAUCAGAAGAUGCUUGCCGUAACCUCUCACUACUCUAACGAGGCCUACGAUUACCCGCCCAAUAUUAAGGAGACAUUUCAGGACCUUGGCCGCACGGUAUCAGAAAAGGUGUCGCUUCUUUCUGCAGCAACCACCCCUGCAGAGGCUCAGGCGGCCCUCGUUGCUCCGCCCUCCGCGAAACCGCAGCCUAAGACUUUCAACCACGCGAUCGCGCGAGCAUCACUUUCCAGCAGCCAAGUACUGCACCAGAAUCAUGCAGGUGCAGGAGAGGAUCCGCUGGCCACGGCGCUCGAGAAGUACGCGCUCGCUAUGGAGCGCGUGGGCGAGGCUCGGCUUACCCAGGAUGCCCAGAUUCAAAGCCACUUCCUAGCUGGGUGGAACACCACCCUUAACACCAACCUUGCGUUUGCAACUCGUGCCAGGAAAAAUGUCGAGAAAUCGCGGUUAUCACUUGACACAACCAAAGCUCGUGUUAAGGGUACUACUUGGAAAUUACAUACCCCAACGUCACCACGAACCGAUCAGCUUAAUGACUACGAGUUGAGCUCCGAAGCCCAAGAAGAGAUUGAGAAGGCUGAGGAUGAAUUUGUUACGCAAACAGAGGAGGCCGUCGGGGUCAUGAAGAAUGUCCUUGACACUCCGGAACCCCUUCGAAACUUAGCCGAGCUUGUCGCUGCUCAAGCAGAAUACCACAAGAAGGCCUUUGAAAUCCUAAGCGAGCUAGCUCCCAUCAUAGAUGGCCUCCAGGUAGAGCAGGAGACAAGCUACCGCCAAAGCAGGGAGAGCAACCCCUAG